AUGUAUGAAAAUCCGAACUACCGCGACCCAUUCGCGGCGUGGCACAACAGCGAGCUGCCGGACGGCUCACUAUGCACCAAGUGUCUGGAGCUUCAUGGCUUUCAUGCACCAUGCACGCCUCUUAAGCCCCUUCCUGCAGAUGCGGUGUCACUUCCCCCUCGGUCGAUCAAGUCUGGGAUCACGGGGGCCCUCUCUCUCCAUGACUAUCGCAAGUAUUUGUCGCAGUCCGCAGAGUGCGUGGGCGAUCCCGUCGAUCGCUCUGAGAAGACUCUCAAGCGCAAGACGGCAACCUCCAAUUUAAUUCGACCAGCACCGCUCACCAUCACCUCGCUUUCUUCUUGUGCGAUCUCGGUAUCCUCUGCGGCGUCAAGCACUCCGCCACUGUCGCCGUCGUAUUCUCAUAGCAUCAUCUCGUAUCAGAGUGAGCAGGAGCCCGAGGUUUCAGAGGCAUCAACUGUUAUCCUUCCACCAUCCCAGGGCCCACGAGUGCAUCUUGUUUCGGAAAGGUUUACACGCCCUAGACCGAACCGGAAGCGAUUGAAUACCUUCCGCGAGAAGCUUCAGAGGGACGCACAGGCUCGGGAUCAGGCUCAACGGCAAUCGCCUCCUUCCCGUCCUCAAGCAUCCACUCCGAUGCUGGCCACUACGCAGGCCGUUGCCACCAUCUCGCACGGUGGUGCCUCCUUUGAGAUCUUGAACCCGAGAAAAUCCCUUGAUGUGGCUCGGAUUGUCUCCUUUAUUGAGGAUGUCGAUGACUGCUCGAUCUUGUCUUUCGACCCCCGCCAUGACUCGAUAGUCUCGUCCAACCCGUAUUCGGUGGAUGAGAGCUUUGAUAGAGAUUCCCUGUCGCAGUUCACCGACGCUUCUUUACCCUCACAUUACUCUUCCCCUUCUUUAUGUACUACUUCUCCAUCCAUGGGAUGCUCCACACCUAAACGGCAAACCGCCGAUAUCCCCUCGUCGUCACCUGGAGUGCACGACCGAGUCCGCUCACUGUCCGAUUACUCACUCCGCAAACACAACUACUGGACACCCGCCCGCCAGCAAGAUAUCACCAGCUCCCCAACAGAAAUGCACAAGAUGCAACAAGACCGAAUCACCGACCUCCCCUCCCAACGCACGGUGUCGACCACCUCACGCUCACCACAAGACCCCGACUCUGAACCCGACCUCCUCCCAUCAGACCCGCAAUCCCCCACCUCCGCACCAACCUUCCUCUCCGAAGAAAGCGACAUCGGCGAGCCAGGCUCACCCGUCUACGCAAACGGCGAAUGGGCCCAAGUCGACGAGCGCGACCGAGGAAUCUUCCUCAAUAUCCAACCCAUCCAACCCCAUUCCACAAUGGCCAUACUAGCCGGAUACUCAGAGCCUCCUUCACCGUAUGACACCUACUACGCAAAUACCAUGUCAACACCGUUACCUUCAACGCCAUCUUACACCCAGCACUACGAUCCUUAUGACCCUGUUUACUUUGAUCCACAUGUUCAAUCUGUCCUGGCGGCCGCGAAUGCGGAUACGAUGGGUUUGCGUGGGAACUCGGGGCGUGCCCUGGAUGAUCUGCAGCGCAGAUUUAGCAGUUCUGUUUCCCUUGGUCUUGGUGGAGCGGGGUCUGGAUCGGGGUCCGGGGCUGGUGAUGGGUUUGGGCUUGUGCAUAAGGUGGAUAGAGAGAGGAAGGGGUCUUUCUCGCAGAGGAAGAAGUUGAGGAAGUUUUUUAGUUGGAGGUCUGGGCAUUGA